GGCCCUCAGCCUUCCCGUCAGCCCCUGCGGGCGAAGGUGAGGAAGGGCAGUGCGGAAUGGCGGCCUACCUGACGCACCAGCAGAAGGUGCUGCGGCUCUACAAGAAAUCUCUGCGGCACCUGGAGUCCUGGUGCAUCUAUCGGGACAAGUACCGCUACUUUGCCGUCCUCCUGAGAGACCGAUUCGAUAAGAACAAGGAUGUGAAGGAUAUGGUGAAAGCUACAGAGCUGCUGAGGGCAGGCGAGGAGGAAUUCUGGGCAAACCAGCAUCCUCAGCCAUACAUCUUCCCUGACUCUCCUGGGGGCACUUCCUAUGAGAGAUAUGAGUGCUAUAAGAUUCCUGAAUGGGCCUUGGAUUUCUGGCAUCCCUCUGAGAAGGCAAUGUAUCCUGAUUACUUUGCCAAACGAGAGCAGUGGAAGAAGCUGCAGCGGGAAAGCUGGGAAAAAGAGAUCAAGCAGCUUGAAGAAGAAACUCCACCUGAUGGUCCCAAAACUGAAGCUUUGCCCCCAGCUCGUAAAGAAGGACAUCUGCCCCCCCUGUGGUGGCACUAUGUCACAAGACCUCGUGAAAUACCCAUGUAAGAGCAUUAAUGCAUGAGAGAAGUGAAUUUCAUGUAGGCAGCAGAUGUGUCAGUGACCACAUGCUGCUACUUUAAGUAAUACAAAAUGAAGACAAAUAAAGUAAAAUAAAAAGUAUUUUUCUGA